AUGCUCUACUAUCCACCAUCAAGUGUGGAAUUGGACGGUGUUGGAACCUGUGAACUAACUGCCAACGAGGGACAUCACUUCUGCCCUCUUGGAGCCAUGGAUUGCAUUGAUUCACCUUACGGUCCUAAGUGUCGAAGUGAACUUCAAAACGCCCUUGUUGAAGCAUCUCCCAAACUGGGAUUCAAGAGCUUUCACAAUUCAGGUAGCGAUUGCCUCUUCUAUUAA